AUGGAGCUGACAAUGGCUGUAAACACUCACGCUCUAUUCUACACCACGAAAUCAUUCGUACCAGGAAUGAUGGAAGCUAAUCACGGUCACAUCGUGACAAUCGCGUCCAUGGCCGGAAAAGUCGGAGUAUCUGGAUUGGUGGAUUACUGUGCAUCGAAGCACGGCGCUAUUGGUUUCCACGAGUCCCUGACAGCUGAGCUGAGCUCCCUUGGCAAGAAUGGCGUGAACACGACCCUCGUCUGCCCGUACUACAUCGAUACUGGAAUGUUCGACGGUGUCCAGACAAAGUCACCAACACUGCUGCCCGUUUUACAACCGGAAUAUGUGGUUGACUGCAUAAUGGAAGCUGUUCUCACUGGCAAGGAACUCAUCUGCAUACCUCGUUUCAACUACAUUGUUUUGUUCUUUAGCGGGUGA